UGAACAAAUAAGCAAACAAACAAGGCUGCAUUUGGCAGUGGCUUCCAGCAGCUAGAGCCAGAGCAGCUGACAGUCACGGUGGGAGAGGCUCACAAUGUCCUCUACAACUUCCACCGCCUCUUUGCCCAGUGGCCUGGCUGUCCUUACAACUUUCCCAGAUGUGCUCUUCAUUCCUGAAAUUAUCUUUGGAGGCCUUGUCUGGAUCCUGGUGGCAUCCUCGAAGGUCCUGUUACCCAUCCUGCAAGGCUGGGUGAUGUUUGUCUCUGUGUUCUGCUUCAUCAUGUCCAUCACCCUCCUGUGCCUUUACGUCUGUGGGGCGCAUGGGGGCAGCAGCUCCUGGGUCACCUUGGAUGUCAUCUGCCAGGAGACAGCAGCCGUGCUCUACCUCAGUGCUGCUGUGUUGGAAGCCUACUUCACCUUGUGGUCUGCCAACCAUAUGAUAAUGUCCGUCUAUCAGGAGAACACUGCUGCUGUGGUAUUUGCAUUCUUAGCUACCCUGGUGUACGUGAUCCAUAAGGUGUAUUCACUCCUGCGAUGGAAAUCAUCCUAAGAGCCUCCCCUUGCAAGUGUGUCUUCUGGUCACCCCAUGAACAUGAAAGUUAUUCAAUGACUGCAGUUUCCAGGCUGGGUUUGGUGUUUGGUUUUUAAUGUAUAUACUAUAAACAAGCAGCUUUUUAUGUGGGACCAUAGCAAUGAAGACAAAGACCCUGCCAGAGAAAGCUAUAUCCUGGCACAACCUGUUUCCCUUCAGUCUCUUCUGGGUUGGGUACAGUUUGAUGCUGGUAAUUUGGGCCCAAAUAGAAAACCAUCCAGCUUUAAAAAGAAUAAUAUAGUUGGCUCAAAGUGCUAAAAUCUCCUUGAACCACACCUUAAUGCCUCCAGGUUUGUUAUUGUUCAGGCUUCUCCUGAUAGCAAUCAGCAGUAAGGGGCAUGAGUAUGAAAACAGGUCAUUUUAAUUGCCACCCCUCCAUGUAAGCCUGUUUCCCUCUCUAAACCUGCUGUGCCAAAAGAACAUUUUCAUGCAGUUUCUGGAAGUGCCAUCUCUGACUUGUGAUGAGAAAUGGGGACAAUAUUUAACUCGCCUCAGGGGCAAUAUGAGUUAUUGCAACCCCUGAAGGGUAUUGCUGAAUUAUGCAGCACAACCAUAAUGCUAGGAAUUACCACUGUCAUUAAUCCCCCUACAAAAUACAACUUAGAAGGAGCACGAUAGACCAUAGGAAAAUUAUAUGCAUGAUUAGAAUAACAUCUUAAAUAAGCAGAGGCAAUCAAUUCUUGUCUUUGGUGCAUGGCUGCUCUCAUAUACACCAGCACUGUAUCACUAAUGAAGAUGGGUUUGCUGUGAUUUUGCAAAUAUACAAGAGUCAUUGGUGGUAUUUUCCCUUUGCCUGCACACAGGUACACAGCCCUGUACAGACUCAGGAGCAUUGCGCUGUAACAGGCCCAUGCCUAAGGAGGAGGCAUAGACUUGGGCAUGAAUGAGAGGGCUUUUCUGGCAAGGGGAGCCUGUGGGGCUCUGUAGUCAGGGCCAGGGGCUAAACCAACUCAGGUUAAUAUCACCGAUGAUGUUCAUCUGAAUGCUUAAAUUACUCCAGAGUGUUAACUUGAGUGACUGUUCUGGUUUUGGCUGGGAUAGAGUUAAUUUUCUUCAUAGUAGCUAGUAUGGGAAUGUGUUUUGGAUUUGUGCUGAAAACAAUGUUGAUAAUUCAGGGAUGUUUUCAUUACUGCUGAGCAGUGCUUACAUAGAGGCAAGACCUUUUCUGCCCCUCGCACCACCCCACCAGCAAGUAGGCUGGGGAUGCACAAGGAGUUGGGAGGGGACACAGCCAGGACAGCUGACCCCAACUGACCAAAGAGAUAUUUCAUACCAUAUGACAUCAUGCUCAGCAUGUAAAGCUGAGUGAAGAAGGAAGAGGGAAUGUUUGGGGUGAUGGCAUUUGUCUU